AUGACCUUUCAGAUCGUGUCGGAUCUCCAUCUGGAAGCACCUGCUGCCUAUGACCUCUUCGAAAUCCCGGCCCGCGCCCCCUUUCUCGCGCUGCUCGGCGACAUUGGCAAUGUCAAAGACGCGGGCUUGUUCUCCUUUCUCGAGACGCAGCUGGGCGUGUUCCAGGUCGUGUUCUUCCUGCUAGGCAACCACGAACCGUACCACACCAACUGGACCAGCGCGAAAGAGAGAAUCCACGCCUUUUCACAACGGGUGGCCGAUCGCCCUGGUCUGGGCACGUUUGUCUUCCUCGACAACAGCCGCUUCGACGUUUCCGACCAGGUCACCGUCCUCGGCUGCACGCUCUUCUCACGCAUCCUCCGCGAGCAGGAGAACCGGGUCAGUUUCGGGGUGAACGAUUUCAUCCACAUGGACGACUGGACGGUGGAACAGCACAGCGAGAAGCACGCGGCAGACCUCGCAUGGCUGAAUUCGCAGAUCGCGCAGAUCGCCGCGGCGGAACCAACCAGACAGAUCGUCGUCUUCACGCAUCACAGCCCGACCUUUCUCCCUGAAGCGAUAGCGCCUGCUCAUGCAAACAGCCCCAUCUCGUCGGCAUUCGCGUCAGACCUGUCCGCCGAACCCUGCUGGACAAGCCCGCAAGUCAAGCUGUGGGCGUUCGGACACACUCAUCACAACUGUCGCUUCCAGAGUGGCCAGAAGACCCUCCUCACCAAUCAGCGGGGGUAUUAUUUUGCGCAGGCGGCUGGGUUUGACCCUGCGUUUACAAUAACCAUAGCCGAAUAA